AUGAACCAGAAGUACUUGGAAGUGAAUGUCAUCACCUACAGUGCCAUAAUCAUUGCCUGCGACAAGACAGCUCAAUGGCGACAAGCUUUGCAGCUGCUCCGUGAAGUUGGGGAAAGGUCUUUGCAGGUGGAUCUGAUCAUUUACAAUUCUGCGAUCAGUGCUUGCUCAAUCGCUUCUGAAAGUCGGCCAGCUCUUCAAUUGCUGGGGGAUGUUGCACAAAGGAAACUACGACCAGAUUUGAUCACAUACAACUCGACUCUGAAUGCCUGCGAAAAGGCAGCGGAUUGGCUUGGUGCUUUGCUCCUUCUCGAGGAGUUGGAGAGGGAAUCUGUGGAAGCUGAUGUCAUCACAUACAGUGCAGUGAUACGGGCCUGUGGACAAGCUGCUGAAUGGCAGCAAGCACUGCAGAUGCUUUGUGAGUUGACUACAUCACAGUUGGAGGCCGAUCUGAUCAACUACAACUCAAGCAUCAGCUCGUGUGCAAAGGCCGAGGUAUGGCAGGCGGCAUUGGAGGUCUUCAAUCAGAUGUUGCAGCUUCACUACUCACCUGACAAGAUUACUUACACAGCGGCCAUCAGCACAUGCACGGACUGCAUCCAGUGGCACCAAGCAUUGGCUUUGCUGCAGAAAGCCAAAGUUUCCAGCCUUCAAUUGGAUGUCAUCCCAUACAAUGCCACAAUCACUGCCUGUGAAAAGGCCUCCAGGUGGAACCAAGCAAUGCUUUUGUUGACCAGCAUCGAAGAGAACCAACUCCAAGCUGACAGUAUAUCUUUCACCGCAGCCAUUGCUUCUUGCAAAGCUGCCUGGAAAUGGCAGUCUGCCUUGCUGCUCUUGGCCGAAGUGACACUACGUCACUUGAAAACUGAUGUAAUAAUGGACGGGCUUGUUUUGCUAGCCUGUGAGCAUGAGCAUAUAGUGGCACGGCAAGUGUUGGGCUUGCUCGAAUCGUCAUCUAUCACGGUGAAAUGA